CGGGCUUGGUUGACAUAAGAUGGCUUAACAACUUCUCCUUCAAGCCAGGCCCCCGCACCGGAGUAGGAUAGAGUGGUAUUUACGCUCGUACAUUUGGGGCAGGGUGUUUCUUGGCUUCGGCAGAGAUCUGGGGAGCAGUAUGCUGAAUCACCGCAAUCCGGGGAAUGAGUCGGAUAGCUAAGCGCCAUUCAAUUCAUGAUUGGUUGGAUGCAACUGAUCCGGCAGUUAUGCUGAUAUAGUAAUAUAAUUUGCGCGGGCUCCAGCCUAAUAAAAUCCGGAGCCAAAGGUGUAUUUACCAACUAUUAAAUAGUUAGAGUGGUACCUGCUCUCGUGCUUCGAAGUUUGAAUAUGCAGUUCAGCUCAUCUUCAGCUACCAUUGUCAAUUCUAUCCUCAUCAAUUAGACUUCAAUCCAGCUAGAAUUUGACUCAAGAUGGCGAACCAUAGAGUAACCACUCUCACGAACCAUGAUGAGGAGAAAGGGUUGCAUCGGACGGAAACAACUGUCACGAUGCCUCCCGAGCUUUUCGAGAAGCUUUACCUCACCCCGAAGGUUCCUCAAGUGGGCGACUACAACAAGCGCUUUGCGAAUCCAACACCACUUGGUAUCGUCGGAUUUGUUAUUUCGACGUUUACUUUCGCCAUGACUUUGAUGGGAUGGGCAGGUGCUGAAGGAGCGACACCAGUAGCGGGUAUAUUCUUCUUCGUCGGACCAGUACUACUGUUAUUUUCCAUGGUUUUUGAAUGGAUAAUGGGAAAUUUCUUCCCUAUGAUGGCCAUGGGCUUGUAUGCCGUAUUUUGGUUGUCGUUCGGCUUGCUACAAUUGCCCACGCUCCAGCUUGGUCAACCGUACGCCACUACCGGGGACCCGACUGGAACGCUCUCGCCCACGUUUAACAACACGCUUGGGUUGUACCUCAUCGUUUGGGGUUUCGCUCUGUUCACAUUUUUCCUUUUCACCCUUAAGGUCAACGCUGUGUUCGCGAUUAUCUUUGCCUCAGCUUCGACAGCUGUGUGGGUCUUGGCUGGUGCGUAUUUCAAGCUUGCGGCUGGUAACGCGGAAGCUGCGGUGACACUACAAAAGGCUCGUAACACCGGUGGGGCUCUAUUGUUUAUAGUGGCAGCCUUGGGAUGGUAUAUGUGUGUCAUAAUCAUGGCUGGAGAGAUGCGUAUUACCCUAAACCUCCCACUCGGUGACCUUACUCGUUUCUGGCCAGCAACCGAUGUAGACCUAGCUGAGGCCGCAAUUUCGCACCGCGACUAA